UGUUCUUCGCAUUUCUCUUGCAGUGAGGAACACGACUACAGAACGGACUACCUGAAGUUCACAGUGUUCCUUAUCAUGGCAUGUUUCUUCAAGGCGUUCCAGAAGCAGCUGCGCGUGCCCUACAUGAGCUGGGUGUUCCUGCUGACCACGGUCCUGCUGUGCCUGAUGUCGAUGACGGGCCCGCUUCGACGAAGCAGCGGCCUGGAGGCUGCGGUCGGCGUGCAGGCCAUCCGCGCUUUCCUGCCGGCAUUCGUGGUGCACACGACGCAGGGCAUCAACAACUACAUCUUCCGCCGGUGCCACGUCGAGAUCAUGGUCUUCUCCGUCGGAACAUUCAAGUACUACGACGUGCUGCUCUUCCCGGUUCAGAACCAGCUGGUGGCAGUCGUCGUGGGAUGCGCUCUUGGCGCGGCCACCAUGAGCGUGCUGAAGAUGAUGACCUACGGCGACGACUCGGUCGUCGUGGUGGUGAUGGGCGGCACCUACCUCACUUUCUUCCUGCUCGAGUCGGUCAACAGCUCGGGCGUCACCGGCGUCAUCGCGUACACCAUGGUGGUCUCGUCGGAUCGACUCAUCUCCUGUUCGGAGCUUGAAGGCACGCUCGGGUCGUGCUGGUCGGUGAUGUUGGACUGGACCGGAACGCUGUCCACCUUCAUCUGCGCCUCGUUCACGGCCUACAUGCUUGUCUACUACCUACGCACGUACAACUGGCAGGACAUAAUGCUUUGCUACAUCGCCAAGAUGAGCAUGCGGUGCCUCGCGGUGUUGAUGAUAUACCCGUUCAUCGGCCACUUCGGCUACCGCAUCACGGCCAAGCAGGCGAUCGUGCUGGCCGGCAUGGGCCUCAAGGGCACCUACAUCGUCUCCCUCGCCACGCUCUACCACAUCACGUACCAGGACAUCCACGACGAAGACCUAACUAAGUCGUUCAUGUACGUCACCUCGGACAUGGUCCUCACGCAGUUCAUAAACGCCUCCCUCGUUCCGUUCCUGCUCAAGAUGCUCGGCAUCCUCGACGUGUCCGAGGUGGAGUGGAACACGAUGAAGGACGCCGUGGCGUACCUGCAGGAAGCGGUGGACGUGGCGGUGCAUAUGAGCCGCCACAACCCGUACUUCCUGGCCGCCGACAAGACCUGGGUCCUGCGCAACACUCGCUUCCGGAACCCGCUCGACGUCGUGCCGCGAUACAAGAGGAAGGAGAAGGCCCUCUGGCGCAGCUCCCGCAGGAGACACCACGCCGAGAUUCUCGCGGUAGAGAACGUCCUCCGCAUCGAAUCGGUGAGCUACUGUCGGCAGCACAGGCAAGGAGUGGUCCAAAAGCAGACAUUGAUGGCCCUGCUUGCAGCGCUUCAGUAUCCAUACGACAAGAAAAUAUACCUGGACAUCGACAUCAUCAGCUCACUUGUCGAUGUUCCACAAUGGAUUCUCUGGGUGAAGGACCGGCUGGGCGAACCGCUCCACGAGGAGACCGAGCUGGACGACGAGUCGGUCUCGCUGUCCGAGAAGGUGGCCAAGCCGCUCAACGAGCGCCUCAUGGACCUGUUCGAGCACGAGUGCUACGAGGUGAUCAUCACCAACACCACGCUGGCCUUCGUGCUGCUCCUGGUGGGUCUGCUGCGCGCCGCCAUCUACAGCAACGAGCGGUACUUCACGAUCGUCAUGCUCGUGGAGUUUCUGUACCAGACGGCGUUCUUCGUCGAGGUCGCCACCAUGAUGCUCUGCAUCCUCUUCAUCGUGGUCAUCUCCGCCCGCUUCACGCACGCCAUCAAAUACGUCGAGCUGCUUCUGGUCCAGUGUGCGGAGCUGAUCCACAGGGCGCUGGACACUGUCAUCUACUCGGCGUACGAAGCGGGCCACGCCAUCGUCAUCGGCGAGGAGGAGGUCCAGAGGAACGUCUGGAAGUUCGUCGAGUCGGCCGACAUUGCCAUGGAGAUCCGCGGCCGCGCCACUCUCAACCGGCUGCUCGUCCUCCAGAAGCUCGCGGAGGUGCAGUCUCGCUUCCCGGGAAUAAUGGUUUCGUUCCGGAGCCGCCAGGCCAGCGCCACGAUCCUGAACGACCUGACCAAGCAGAUCAACGAGAUGCAGCGCGACGGCGUUGUCGAUUCCGAAGACUACAAGUGGCUGCGCUUGGCUGUCAAGGACCGGCGCAUGUACAUCCUGUCCGAGGCAUGUAGCUUGCCCACCAGCUACAAACCGAUCGCCAUGCUCCGGGUCAUUCCGUGGAUCAACUCGGACAGCAUUCGGCAAUUUCUAGCGAUCAAGAUCAAACCGGUGUCCUUUGCUCCAACCGAAGUCAUCGUGGAGAGGAAGGAAGAGAAUGACAUCAUACUGACCUAUUCAGGCAUAUUGAAGAUAGAGGGGGAGUACGAGGAGGUUGGCGACGGGGCGCUGCCCAACUCGGCGUCGACGCUGUUCUUCUUCAACGAGGGCUACUUCGUCGACUACGUGCCCGCGCCCGCGUGCAUCGGCGACCUCGGCCUCGUCACCGAAGAGCCCUCGAUCACGCGAGUCAUUGCCGAGACGCAGGUCAACGCCUAUAUGAUACCAAGAGAGCGAGUGAUUGAAGCUAUAGGAAUCUUCACAAACGCACCGAGUUUUCUUUACGACAUCUGGGCGUACAUUGCGAGAAAUAUAGGACUCUUGGUUCUUCAAACGCAUCCCAAGUACCAGACAUGGCCGCUUGAGAAGAUCCAGCGCCGCUUGGACUCGUUCCUGAUGCCCAACCUGGAGAUAGCGACAAAGUUCAUACUGACGCCCGACAUCCACGACGCCAUUCUGAUCCAGGGCGUCGCUAUCGAUAGCGAGACGCAGGAGUACCUGGUCGGACCCAUGUACGUGCCUCGCACCACUCGCAGGCUCAGCUUCCCUGGAAUCUUUCACCAGCGGGUGAGGCCAGUGGUGAUAGUGAUGGCCGACAAGCGCUAUCGCUUGCCAGCCGAGAUUGACUGGCUGCAGCCCACCGAAGGCGGUGAUAAAAACUACGACGAAUACAUGAACCAGGAGUUCGGACAGGAGCAGAUGUACAUCCAGGAGGACUACUGACCUGCUCCGGAUGGUUCGCCCGUUAGAAGCCGGCGUCAUCUGCGCCUUCGUGAAGCGCCUGUAAAUAACGUUUAGCGAAAAUGUACACCGCGGAAAUUCGCGAAACGAAACGUCGGCGGUUACCGCCGGGUGCGCAUUUUUGUGUGUGUGUGCGCACGCGAUGAUUUUCACAAGCCAAAUGAAAGCGAGUCAGUGAACUCGCGGGCUUGAAACUUAAUUCGUUUUUCAUUGUUUAUUUCUGGUGGUCAUUGCGCUUCGAAUUCUAUUUAAUUGUAAUCGACGAUCGGUUAUCUAUAUAGCGAGAAAGCACGACGGUGCGUUCAUUAAGCACGCCGUGAGGCACUCAUUGGAGUGAGUAGUGGAACGCGUUCAGCAAAAUGUAUCGAAAUCAAGCCGAAGUGUACCUGGAACGUUUGUUGUGCACUUAUGCCGUUUUCUAAACGAAACCUGUCUGAUUUGGCCGACCGCCGCUGUUAACCUGCUGGC